UGGAGUCCAAGCUCGCACGCAGACAAACAAUUCCUCAUAAUGCCUUCUGUGACUAAACCACACUGACUCACCUGUCGGCUACAGUAACGGUUGCACAGUACCUGCCUACUGUCACUUUAUGUAGCGUCAUGAAUACACUCCUACUUCCAUGUCAACUGUACGGAAAUCUGAGCUUAGGGCGGAUUGUUUGGCAAUUGGUUCACUUCCCUCUCCUGGGCUGAGUUAGCAGCAACAGGCAUGCGACUAUCCGAAGUAAAGAAGGAGAAGCAAACUUAAAAAAAAAAAGGAGAAGCAAACUUACAGUCGGUUUAUAGUGGAGGUUUUUUGUCAUCAUGGGUGACUCGGAGGCUACCGGGACUUUGACUCGCAGAAGAAAGGCGAAUUUGACGACGUCAAAGAGUGCGAGUGUGUUGCCGAUGAACGGGAGGUCUGCUGCGGCGUGUCAGAGCUCAGUGACGGCUGACAUUAGCAGAGACAACGGCCCGGGAAAGCGUGACCAUUCACUGGAGACAGCCCGGUCUAAGUCAAAGAGUGAAAAUAAGAAACGCAGGAAUGACCUGAGUGACAGCCUGAGUUGUCAUAAGACACAGGAGUCUCUCCUGAGUUCAGCCAGUGGAUAUAAUAACUACAGAGGGAUACUUAACUGGUGUGUGGUCAUGCUGGUGCUGAGUAAUGCUCGCCUCUUCUUAGAAAAUCUGUUAAGGUACGGUGUUCUGGUGGAUCCUAUUCAGGUGAUUUCCUUGUUUCUGAAUGAUCCCUACAGCUGGCCAGCAGCAUGCGUGGUGAUUGUGUCCAACAUGUUCAUUGUGGUGGCUCUUUACACAGAGAGGCAGCUGUCCAAGGGUUCGUUCAGUGAACUUGUGGGAUUUCUGGUCCAUUGCGCUAACUUGGCCAUCAUGCUAACGUUCCCUGCUGCCGUGGUUCUGCUGGUGCCCUCCAUGACCUCAGUUGGUGGUGCAUUCGUUCUUGGUACUUACACCAUCCUCUUUCUGAAGCUGUAUUCCUAUAAGGACGUCAACAUGUGGUGCAGAGAACUAAGCACCGUCAAGGCCAGGAAGCUGGUCAGGUCGCUGUCUUGUCCCUCAGCACAGCACCUCACCGGGGGCGACCAAAAGGUGUGUUACCCUGGAAACCUCACCAUCAGAGACAUGUACUACUUUGUCUUUGCUCCGACGCUGUGCUACGAGCUCAACUUCCCUCGCUCGCCUAAGAUUCGCAUGAGUUUCCUGCUGAGGAGACUGUUUGAGAUGCUCUUCUUCACUCAGCUGUUAGUUGCUCUCACUCAGCAGUGGAUGGUUCCCAUCAUUCAAAGUUCAAUGAAACCACUAGAGGACAUGGACCUGUCCAGAAUGACCGAGAGACUUUUAAGACUGGCUGUUCCUAAUCACCUGCUGUGGCUGAUGUUUUUCUACUGGUUCUUCCACUCGUCUAUGAACUUCACAGCUGAGCUUCUGCACUUUGGAGACAGACAGUUCUACAAGGACUGGUGGAACUCUGAGUCUGUGACAUAUUUCUGGCAGAACUGGAACAUCCCCGUACACAAGUGGUGUCUGCGCCACUUUUACAAGCCUCUGCUUAGGAGGGGAUUUAGUAAAAUAGUCAGCCAAUCAGCUGUCUUUUUCUUGUCGGCUUUCUUCCAUGAGUACUUGGUGAGUGUACCUCUCAGAAUGUUCAGACUUUGGGCCUUCACGGGCAUGAUGGCACAGCUUCCAUUAGCCUGGUUUGUUGGUCGCUUCCUGCGCGGUAACUAUGGCAAUGCUGCAGUGUGGAUAUCAAUCAUCAUCGGUCAGCCAUUCGCCGUCCUGAUGUACGUCCAUGAUUAUUACGUCCUACACUACAGACAGGAGGCUGACUGAUGCAGAGAACACACACACACACACACACACACACACACACACACACACACACACACACCAGUAUCUAGUGAAGGUGACAGAUAUUGUACUUAACUGAUCAUGUCCUGAUCAUAGUGUGUUUACAUUAAAUAACUUUGUCAUUGUGUCUUCCUGCUGAGAGAGAAAAUAAUAAUUUCUUCUGUCAAGGGAAACGUAUUUUGAUAUUUUUGAAGUGGAGCCUGUUGAAAAGUGUUCAUUCUCGAAAUGUUACUUUAACUUAAGGAGGAAAGUUCAGCUUCUGUAUGAGGUGAGGUUUUCAGGCAGCAUAUCACUCAGGUGAUUUUUUUUUUUUUCUUUCUGUGUCUUUUUAAAACCUCUGACAGCCAGUCUGAAAAGUUUGCUGUUUGUUUGUAUAGAUAAAGCUGUUUCAGAAAAACUCUUCCUUUGUUUCACCAUAGAGGGUUUGCCCCCUUUGCAGCUGUGUGCACACAAUGACUGUGGCUGAUCUGACCAUUAAAGUGCCUUUAUAAAAGUUGUGACAGAGAUUUAUCGUCCACCGUGUUUCCUUUUUCACCUUUUAUGAACCAAAGGGGCCUUAAUCUGUCUGGUUUUAUUGUGAGAUGGAGCGUCACUACAAAAAUGAAUGUAUUCUGGUAGGAUUUUAUUAAAACAUGAUUUUUUUAUGAGGUUUCACUCUGGCAGUUAUAAGAAAGGGCAGCAUUAUUGUUUGUCUGUUUUCUUCUUUUUACUUUUAAGUGCUGUUACAGUCCAACACAUAUCCAAUCACUCUUUUUUCUUGAUAAAUAGAAUGUAAAAUGACAGAAUUUCUGGAGUUUUUUAUUACUGGACUGUUGAAGUCUGAAGUAAUGAUAUCUAGUAAUGUGUCUAAAUACAAUGUGUGUGUCUGAAAAUAAACAUUCAGAGAGUCUU